AUGGCCAAAGGCCAGAUCUUGGACGAAGUGAUCGAGUACUGCGGGUCCGUGAUCAUUGCGCCGCAGGAUAGGGCUCGGAGAGCGCAGUCGGUGUGGAUGCACUCGUGUGCCAAUCCAUUAUCAACAACCGCUUCAGUGGCGGCAGACUGGGUGUCAUUCAUGUUAAUAGGAAAGCAAGUUUCCAAUGGCGUCGAUGACCAGGGCCGUCUGGAUGCGAACGUCACGCAGCGUCACGCUGUCGAUGAAGGCGGCCUCGGCGUCGAAUACUUGGUUCAACGCCUCAAUGGCCAGACUCAUGUGGCCGGCAGCAGGGAAGAUGGCGGCGCCGUCCAGCUGACAGGGUUAGCGAAGGACUAG